UUAUAUUUUUUAUGGCUUCUCAAACGAGGGGAGGAUUUGAAGAUCGGCGUCGGCUAGGGGUAGCUUGGUCGGCCGCUUCGCGCCUGCGCACGUAGUUCGCGCCACUGCUACGUCGCUUGCAAGCCAGAUGUUCUGAAAAGCUUCCUGUCGUCGUUACGUUGCUCUUCAUUUUAUCUUAUAAAUAUAAAAUGUGGAAUAGACUACUCUUUUUUGUAUUUUGUUUUUAGUGAAGUUCUCAGUGAGUUAAUUAAUAUGUGUACGAUAAUUUGUGAUAUUUAACUAAAUUUAUCGGCCUCGAUGUCCACGAGUUCACUCGAGACCAACAAAGCGGCGGACAUUUUAUUUUGAGUACUCGAUAAUGUAGCGUUUGCGUCGAAAACAUUAAAUGUCGUUUUAUGGUUCUCAAUUCGGAUAUCGUUCGCUUACACCUUUCCGAUGCCGAGGGGGGUGAAGCGAGGGCAGGCGGAGGGCGAAGCAGAGGUGGUGGUACGCGUCGGGGCGUCUCCGUCGCACACCACGCUACUGGAAGACAGCCCCAGUCAGCCCAUCAGCUACCACCUUCUCGACCAUGGUUAUGGAGCUACGCCACAGCACCAAAUCAGGCGCGAGGCGCCCUCGGCACCGCCAAAGACGUCUGAAGCGGUGAAAAGAAGACUGAACCUGAGUGAGAGCAGUUCAGGCAGUCAGGGGCACGUGGUGCCGAUGAAGGCAGACUUUAAAACUCCAAAGCAGAAGCGCGUCAAAGUGCUCACGCCCUACAGCCGACCGUCCAGUUCUAUGAAAAAGUACACAGAACGCUCCAGGUUUGACACGUCAUUAGGUUUACUUACGAAAAAGUUCGUCGCGCUCCUCAAGUCUUCGCCGAACGGUGUGCUUGACCUGAACAUUGCUGCAGAGCAGCUUUCAGUACAGAAGCGUCGCAUAUACGAUAUCACUAACGUAUUAGAGGGUAUAGGAAUAUUAGAGAAGAGAUCGAAAAAUAAUAUACAAUGGAAAUGUGGAGUGGGCGGCGGCGCGGGCGAGGAGGUGCGCGCGCGGCGACUGCGGCGCGAGGUGCGCGCGCUGGGGCUGCGGGAGGCGAGGGCGGCGCGCGCUGUGGCGGUGGCCGAGCACGCCCUGUCCCGCCUCUCGGCAGAGCACGGCGCCCUCGCCUACAUCACCUACGCCGACCUGCGCUCCAUAGAUGACUUUAGAAAUCAAACCGUCAUACCAAUCAAAGCGCCGCCCGAUACUAGGCUUAGUGUACCCCAUCCUGACGAGAAAGGCUACAUGAUUCAUUUGAAGUCAAUGUCGGGAGAAAUCGAAGUCUACCUCUGUCCCAAGGACCCGCCUGCGUCACCUCCAUCAUCUGGCCUCCUACCAUCCGAUCCACUUUUGGAAGACAACAAGGCGCUUCUGGCGCCGCUCAUAGCGCAAAUGCAGUCUCGUCCCUCUAGUUCUAUUAUAGCUGAUUUUACAACACCAAUAAAGCGGGAGUGCGAGGAGCAAGGGUCGCGCAGCCUGGUGGUGCGCACGCCCUGUGUUACCGACCCCACGCUACCGCUGGCCGCGUCACUUGGUGCCUCACUCAGCACCACGCUCGGCACCUCGAUGGCCUCGAUCGGCUCCUCACUUGGCACCACGUUAGGUGCCACGCUCAUCGCGGGGCUGUCCACGCCCGUGCGGCAUCCGCCCACCUCACCCACUCAGUCGCCCACGUUGCUCUCCACACCCGAUAUGGGCGGUGCGCGGGGACGUCUACGUAACGCGUUGAUAGCAGACAGCGAUGACUUCGCCCCCAUCAUGGGCGGCGGCCGCUUUCAGAUGCAGACCGAGGACCAGGAGUCAGAGCCCUUGGAGCCGUUCCUGGCGCUGGAGCCGCCGAUGUCUGGCACCGACUACGGUUUCUGUCUCGACCACGACGAGGGACUCUCGGAACUGUUCGACUUCGAGUUCUAGUUCUGAUACUCAUGGAACUGUUACGAUUUCGAGUUCUUCACUCACAGAACUGAUCGUUUUGGAGUUCUAGCUCGUAUUCGGAACUGUUCGACUUUGAGUCUUGUGUCAUCGGUAGUAUGGUGCUGUGUGGACUGCUCGUUUGAAAAUGGCGGGACCUUGAUAUGAACGUGAAGUAAUAGCAGUAUGAAAAAGGUACGGCGUUUGAAACGCGCAACCGAUGUCGUGUCGUGUAGGAAUCAUUUAAAUUAUCACUCAUCUUUGUCCACUUUUCAUUUUGUCCGACUGAGAAAUAUUCUAAUUUAAUUUGAUGUCUGAAUUGAGACAAUUUUGAAUGAUAUUAUCAUUACAUAUUCAAUAUCAUAA